GUUAUUCCAGCUACUUCCGGUCAGUUGACCGAUCAACAGGUCAUAUACUUUAUACUACUUUUACUUCAGUUCGGGGAAGUCGAGCUCGAUGUAUGAUAUAUAUGAACACCAAAAGGAGCUGACAGGACAUAGAGACGUAUUCACAAUAUCAAAAUGAGUGCGGAGGAGAUAAAAUACACCGUCAAACAGCCAUCUAAAAUCACUAGACUCAGCGAGCGCCCGAAGGACCCAAGACCUUCAGCAUGGAUCUCCGGAGUCAAAUGGGUCUUCGCCUUCUUCCUCUCAAUGUCCUUGCUCAUCUGCAUCGUUUCGAGUAAGAUAUCUCUUCUUUCCAUCGCCAUGUAUUUUAAUGCAACUCGUCUUCCAACCGGAGUUACCCAUCCAGAGUAUGGCGAGCAAUCUCAGCCUGAGACUGUGUUUGUUAUGCUAAUUCUCGCGCUCAUGAUACCAUUCGCGCUAACGUUCCUUCGAUCGUGUUGGGUGAGCUUAUUCAGAAGUUCUCAUCUAUGGCCGUCGAAUUCUGCUUUGUUCUGGUGUGUAGUCUCGUCUGUGAUCGAGGUGGCUGCAUUGUGUUACUUCACCAUCAUCCCCCUAAUGUACACGUCACUUCCGGCUACCUACUGUAUCCUCAUCUCCAAUUCUGUGUUCUGUUUCCCUAUCGCCUGGCACUUGUGGAAAUUAUGGAGGAACUUUAACGAGAACAGAAGGCUAUUUUUCGCUACUCUGGCCUCACUCAUUCUGGAACUAGGAAGCUUAGGAGUGCUAGCUUACAAGGUUAGCAGUGUACUAAACACGAUGGGCAUGUCCACACACAAGUCUGCAAGUAUCAUGGUGUUGCUACCCGCCUCUAUGGUCCUGCUGUCGAUUGCGUGGAGUCCCAAGGUACAAAAGAAGAUGUUGGAGCCGCGAGGAGACCAAUAUGAUGAACUUGAUGCUAGAGAGGCGAGUAUGCGAACCACCGCAGGGUUACCAGGUUCAUCCGAGGGCGACCCUGCCCCGCCCGUGUUCACUCCUCAGACUGCAGCCCAUUUGCUCUUGAGCGACGGGAAAAAUGCACGAGGCAAAUCAGCAAUCAUUACGAGUCUCAUCAAGCUUAUUAUUACGCCCAUCAUAGCAGGACUCAUCGCUUGGCCCUACGGCGUAUUAGAAAAUCUUGGGGAUGUUCUUAGCAAAGGCUUCGGGGCUUUCACUUUUAACCAUCUGGCCUUUCCGCAUUUCCUGGCUCAGAUUUUUACUAGUGUUGUUGGUUACAUACUAGGAUGGCUUGCCUGCAGCAUGUGUCUACAAAAGAUCGCAUACGCAUUGCCGCUGAUCCUAGCAACCCCUGUCUCGCUGGCACUAGUCUUCAUUCCAAAGAUCUGUGCAAGUGAUCGUGUGCCGAUGAAAUGCGAGUAUGAUGAUGGAUCUGAGUUGUAUUACAUAGUAGUGCUAGCCGCGUGCUUGUGGCUGGCUCAACUGUUAUGGACAGGGUGUUUCAUCUGGAAAGAGCAGACCUUCAUUAUGGCCAGAGAAUCUUCUCUUUUCUGGAUGCCGCUUUACAAUGGCGUUUUCUUGGAACAGAACCUGCUACUCAACCGCAAAAAUGUGAUCACAGACGAGUUCCAUGUGAACCAACGGGAAAUCGCCAAGAACGCAUGCGUAUACAUCUGCACGACCAUGUACCACGAGACCGAGGAGGAGAUGGAGCAGCUGCUACACUCACUCCACGACAUCGACACCGCGAGAGCGGCAUCCAAGAGGCAGUUCGAGUCGCACGUCUUCUUCGACGGGGCCGUCAAGGGGGAAGUACUCAACGACUUUGUGCUUCAACUAAUUGCUCUUGUGCCUAAGACACUGAAGGUGAAAGUUGAAGCCGUGAUGAAGAUCAAGACACCAUACGGGAUGCAGUUCAGGUGGCGUCUGCCUGGAGGGAUGCCUUUUCAUAUCCACCUCAAGGAUAAUCUAAAGGUCAAGAACAAGAAGCGCUGGAGCCAGGUCAUGUACAUGUCCUACAUCCUGGACUACAAGGAGGGCACCAUGGGUUCAACGGAUGAGAACACGUAUAUUCUUGCUACCGACGCGGAUGUCAGGUUUACCCAUGGGGACGUACAGGCGUUACUCGAUCUGCUUAUGCGCGACCCGCGGGUCGGGGCGGUCUGCGGGCGCACACAUCCUCUCGGGGUGGGCCCGAUCGUCUGGUAUCAAGUCUUUGAUUACGCCAUUGGUCACUGGUUCCAAAAAACAGCCAAUCAUGUGCUAGGUACAGUUCUCUGCUCUCCCGGAUGUUUCAGCGCGUAUCGAUGCCUUGCAGUGCGUGACGUGUUACCGACGUACGCUACCGGUGUGACAACUUCCACGGACUUCCUCACUAAAGAUAUGGGAGAAGACCGCUGGUUCUGCACACUGAUGGUUCAGAGCGGCUGGCGUCUUGAGUACUGCGCAGCCGCAGAAGACAGCACCUUUUGUCCUGACAACUUUGACGAGUUUUUCCGACAGAGACGACGCUGGAUCCCGUCAACCCUUGCGAAUCUGCUCCAGCUGAUCAGCCAAUGGAGGGUCACGACUGAGAAUAAUGACAUGGUGUCUAUUUGGUUCAUUCUCUACCAGGCCCUCAACGUGGUCGCAACGCUAAUAUGUCCAGCAACUGUCAUCCUGAUCAUCAGUGGCGCGCUCCACUACGCGCAUCUGGGUGUUGAGGAUGAAUUAAUACCUGCGGUCCUGUUGGUGCUUGUUUCCAUCGGCUACGCCCUAGUCUGUCUUUACACAAAGCAGGAGUUCCAGCUGAAAGUAGCCAAGCUGCUGACGAUCAUCUUCGCCUUGAUCAUGGCGUUCGUAGUUGUGGGAAUGGCUGCGCAGAUCGCGAUAGAUCUCCAACUUAGAUCAACGCCUAAACCGACAACUUCACCAGUGCCGACUGCUCUGGUCCCCACGACCCAGGCGACCACACCCAUGAGUACAAGCACCGCUAAAACAGCGGUGGACAGACUACUGGCAGCCAUCACCUCAUCCUCCACCCCUGGGCCUACCGCCCCUUCAGGCACCUCGAGCCCCCUGCCCACCACGUCCUAUGUCCCACUGAAGGACAGACUGCCAGCUGAUGUCACAAGUCUGUAUUUGGGCGGUCUGGUCGGAAUCUUUUUAAUCGCAGCUCUGCUGCACCCAUUCGAAGCAUUUUGUCUGGUUCAUGGGAUGUGGUAUCUGCUUUGUUUGCCUUCGGGAUACCUGUUGCUAAUCAUAUACUCCGUGUGCAACGUGACCGACAGAUCAUGGGGUACUCGAGAGACAAAGGAGAAAAAGAGCGGUGCUGAGGUUCCAUGGUACGAGGAGCUGUGGAAAACCAUCAAGUAUGUGUUCACGUGCUGUCGCCCGGCUGAACCAAAUCCUGAUCCCCAGGCCCCUGCAACCAACAACCAGACAGACAACCCGCCGUCCCAGUACGAGGAUUCUUCGUCGUCGGAAACGAAUGGUGUUCUUUCUGACGAGGAGCAGCCUCCUCUCCCCCUUAGCGACAGCUCCAUCCAGUCAGCAGCUCCUCCAGAGGUGAUGAUCGAUGAAACGCACAGUCCGUCUGCUACUCCGCCUAUGCCAAAGUCUGUCCUCAAGCUGCGAAAGGCCGCCAGUUUGGACGCCGACAGUCCCGAGGCGCCAAAGUGGCGUUUUCCCGGGGAGAGGAAAGUUCGAUUCGACACCAGACUCCCCAAGCUGUUAGCUGAGAUGCCCGUGGAGGAAUGGUUACCAGGAGAGCUCAAGGGCCUUUAUUUGAAAAACUUCAAAGACAAUGGAUACGACAAUGUGAGCUUCAUCGCAGGAAUGACCAAUAAGGACCUGCGCGCGAUUGGUAUAAGCACAAGAGGGCACCGCAUGCAGCUUGUUUACGCAAUCGAGCGAAUUCCACAUGUCACGUUAAACGCCGAUGUACCGGAGAGCGUGGAGGAAUGGCUACACGAGCUGGGGCUCGAGUGCUACUGGGAAUACUUCGUGCGGAAUGGGUACAACGAGCCGCGUGUUUUGGAGGACCUCAAGGCCAUGGACUUCACCACACUUAAGCAGACGCUUAAAGCGGACUUGAACAUUAACAAGGCCGGGCAUCUCACCAAGAUGAUCAGUGCAAUAAAGAAAUUGCAAUAUCCAACACCAUCGGAAAGGGAGAUUCGCCGAGCACGGGAGCUUGUGAAAGAAGCAGGGCACGUUAUAGACAUGGAGAAAAGCAACCAGGAUGAUGGAAUGGAAUUCAAGUUCUGGAAGGGUCUGAGAGAGGCGUGCUUGCUCCCUGAGUCCGCCAUAUUCGGCGCCGUGACCGAGCUCAAAGAGAAACUAGAAGACCUGCGCGAUUCUAUUCUUAUGGUGUUUGCCAUGACUAAUGCCAUCUGGAUGAUCUUAAUGGUCACGUUAACGAAAACGCCUCAACUCAAAGUGUUAGGAACAGACGCCCUCGGUUUGGCUUUCCUCGCUAUUUACGGCUUCAUCAUCGUUCUCCAGUUCUUAACCCUUAUCUGGCAUCGUCUCUCCACAUGGUGUCACAUGAUCGCUCGCGCGCCCUGGACCCGAGGCCCCUAUAAAAUGGCAUGGGCUUUCAGUGACGAAAACCUGGUGCCAGAGCCCACUCAAGCAGACCUGGAGAGAGUCCGUCGGCUCCGACACAAGCGCAGAAGAAGAAGUCGCCAUUCCUCCAGUGAUGCCCAUCAUGCACUGCUUUACAACUCGACUGAGCAAAGCUCCACUUCAAACCUGGAGCAUUCUGGUCAUACUAUGGUGCUACCAGCUACGGCAAUAGCCUGACACCCAACAACAACUACAAAGAUAGCCUGACUUUAAACAAGGCCGGAUCAUCUUUCGUCGUAUGAAUCUUGCCAUAUUUUAAACCUCGAGCUGCUAUAAUCUUAAUAUUACAGGGUCGUAGCAGGCCUCAGGAAUAUUGUGGGGCAGUGGGGGGCAGAAACAUAAAGAAAAUAUUGGGGGGGGGGUCACAAUACAGAAACAUUAAGAAGAUAUUGGGGGGGGGGGGGCACAGCCACGCCCCUACUGGUGAUUUCCUUAUAAUUUUCCAAAAUAUGGGGGGGGACGACGUGCCCCCAGUGCCCCACCCUUUGCUACGGCCCUGUAUUACCGAUAAGAUUUUCAGUGGCGUAUCCAGCCUCCACCCCCCUCCAUACGAAAUGACAUUUCUCAAAUUGACCUUCCGUCAUACACUUUAGAUAUUGGUACCCCUCUCGGGAUGCUCCCCCCCCCCCCUCUUUCUCUCAAGAGACCCUGGGUCCACCUGAUUUUCUUUAGUUAUGACCGCUUCUAGCUUAAAAAUAAUAUUAUUUUGAAGAAUUAAGAAUACGUGACUGUUACUUGCUAAGCAUUGAUUUUUUGCAGAUUUGCGCUGUGCUUACAUUAGACACGAAGUCAGCGUACUUUGUCGUUACACUAACAAUUUUUAUUUGACAACUAUAUUUGUUGGCAUCUUACACAAUUUUUCAUGAGUGAUUAUUUUUAAAUUGCCGAGAAAAAGCAAACCUGCUAGUUUUUGAGCAGCUAUAGUUGCCACAUAAAAAUUGGCGACUUUGCUCCAUCUACACUAGCAAAUAAAAAUUGUCAACUAAAAUUUGUUAGUGUAGAUGUGGCUUUAAUAGCCAGUCUCGUGAUUUUUGAAUAAUAUUUAUUCGAGGAUAUCAAAUUUAGCUAGGAGGAAACAAUCAACAAACAACACAAGGCGAGGAGUUUUUAUUAAACCGUAUUUUAGGGAUCGUAGCGGGGUUGCCUAUAAUUUAAGUGAAAUUAAGUAUAAAAAGGUAUAGUUGCAUGAUGACAGAUUUAUCUAUAUUUGUUCAUUAUCUUUUUUUUAGAACAUUACUCUUAAUUUUCACUUUUAAGUGAUGGUUAAAACCAUCUUCCUAUUGCUGAUAAGUGAAUAAAUGUGUGAAAAAUCAA